GUGACUGCUGUUCGGUUACUGCAGACUUUCACUUCCAUGAAAAGGUGCGCAUGGUUAAAAUAUUCAUUCUUAUAAUUUUUUCUGAUUCCUUCUUUUGAGUUUAAAAGAUAUUAAGUGUUGUGAAGUUGUAUGAUUUGGAUUGAAGACAUUGAGGUAAGUGAUUUUUUGUGUUUAAAAUGUGUUAGGAAAUCGUUCACAGCACGAGUCUGUUUAAUUCACACAUUAAUAGUAGUAGUCCUUAUAGUAGUAUUUCCCAGGUAACAUUACAUUUUCUGUUGAGGAUUAGACUGAAAGAUAAAUUCCUCCAUAAAGUAUCUUAAAUGUAUUAUCAUCUAUUAAAAAUGUAAUCAGAUGGUUUUAGUCCCUGCAGUGUACGCCAUUAACCUGCCUGACAGUGUUUUCUGAUGCUCUUGUUCUUAUGUGUCUAGGCCAUGUUUGAACACAAGAUGUUCCUGAUCCUCAUUCUGAAUCAGUUCCACAUCUUCACAUCUUCACAUCUGGAAUUCUAUCCGUGUGAAAAUCACAUUACUAACAAUGGACUCAUAAAUGUCAACUGCCAGCACAGACAUCUGGCUAACAUUCCUCAGUUCAAAUCCUUGGUAAUUUCCCUCAAUAUGAAUGGAAACCACAUACACCAAGUUAAAAGUGAUGCAUUUUCUGGCGUACCCAAUCUGAAGCAUCUCACUUUGAUGUGGAACUGUGUACCUGAUGUUUUUCAAGAGAAGAGACGGCCAUCUUGCAACCUGAAGAUUGACCCUGAUGCGUUCGUGGGACUUGAGAAAUUAACCUCCCUCCAUUUAGCAGGAAACAGUCUGAAGACCAUUCCUCCUCUUCCCAAACAGCUUGCAGUCUUGGGACUUGAGUUUAACAACAUUUUCCAUAUCGACCAACCUCUCGGUACACCCCGCCUAAAAGAACUGCUGCUAAACAAGAACUGUUUCUAUGCCAACCCAUGUUACCGAUCUUACUUCAUCCACCCACGGGUGUUUCAAGAUCUUCCUGAGCUUUUAAAUCUUACCCUUAGUAACAACAACGUGACACUUGUUCCCCCACACCUCCCUCGUUCACUGGAAAGCCUAGACUUGGGAGAGAACAAGAUCACCGCUAUUAGUAAAGAGUCCUUUGUUAAUCUCACGCGCUUGCGUCAACUUAACCUGGGGUGGAACUGCCAAAGGUGCGAUCACGCUUCUGAGCCCUGUUUCCCGUGUCCGAACAACCAAUCCCUGGAUCUGCAUCAGGGGGCUUUUUCAGAUCAGAGAGACUCUUUGAUAAGUCUGAGUCUGAGAGGCAACUCAAUUCGGACUCUUCCUCAGAACCUCUUCGCCCAGCUGCACAAGCUCCGGGAGCUGGAUCUAUCUGACAAUUUCUUAGCCUACGCCAUACAGAAUGGCACCUUUUACGAGGAGCUCCAGAGUGUGGAGUCACUCACUCUUCUUUACAACUAUGAGCCCUUGAACACCUUCUCUGAAUUGAUCCUCUCACCAUCCAUUGAGAAGAUGACAGCUCUAAGAAAGUUGUUUCUGAGCGGGUUCUUCUUCAAAGAGCUAUCGAACCACAGUCUUGCACCUCUGUCAAAACUUCCAAGACUCAAGUCCCUGGAGUUACGCAUGAACUUCAUCUGCUCUGUUAACAUGAGUGCAUUAAGUCAGUUGAGAUCAUUAAGAUGGGUGGGACUUUCCCAAAACACGCUUGCAUUCAAUCCGUGCAUUUCGUUUUGCACGUCCAAAGCUAUACCAAAAUACCUAUCCCACAGAGGAGGCUGGAACACUGAAGACCUUGGUGUACCGAACAGAGAAGUGUUGUUGAACUCUGUCCAGGGGUCCGAAAGGGAUGACUGUCCUUUAUAUUAUUCUUUGUGGCGUUUCAAAAAGCAGAUUUGCUGGAAAAACCUGACGUUUGAUUUGUCUCAAAACAGCAUCCCGUGGCUGAAUGAGAGUAUUUUUACAGGCAUGGAAAAGGCUGUGUGCAUAGAUCUGUCCUACAACUACAUCAGUCAAACUUUAAAUGGUCAGCAGUUCUCACGGCUUAGAAAAUUGGCAUACCUUAAUAUGGCACACAACCGCAUUGACCUGUACUCUGACAAAGCCUUCCAGGAGAUAAGUGACACCCUUCAAGCUCUUGACCUCAGCAAUAACGAAUUCCAUUUUGUAAUGAAGGGAAUGGGACAUAGCUUCACGUUUCUAUCUCACUUGUCUUCUCUUCAAAUGCUGAGCCUAGCAAACAAUCACAUUGGUCUCCGAAUCUCUACCACUCUUACUAGCACUUCCCUAAAGUAUCUUGUUUUCUCUGGAAAUCAUUUGGACAUAAUGUGGGACUCUAGACGUGACGGGUAUUUGCGUUUUUUCCAGGGUCUUACUAAGCUCACGCACUUGGACAUCUCUGAAAACCAUCUCAAAUCAUUUUCCCCUAAGGCUUUUGUUAAUUUGCCUCUGACGCUGCGGGUGCUGCGUGUGGAUUCCAACAUGCUAAGUUACUUCCCCUGGGGAAACAUUUCAGUUCUCAAAGACCUCUGCUACCUGAAUCUGAGUGGAAACAUGCUGUCUUUCUUACCCAAUAACCAUCUCGAGCUCAAUCUCAUAAGCCUGGACCUAAGUCACAAUCGACUUACUUUGAUACCCAAGAAAUUUUUCAGUCGUGCCAAAUACCUCAAAAACCUAAUGCUCGACCACAACCAGCUGAAAUUUCUUGACGUGCAUGCCCUUCCCUGGUCAUUCCGCAAAGGUAGUACCAUCUGUGCUUCUGGGCAGCACCAAAACGCUUCCUGCAAACUUGUGCUGCAUGCCAAUCCUUUUGCUUGUAGCUGCAUUACAUCUGAGUUUGCCAAAUUCCUAAGAGAAACCGAACUGAACGUCCCACAGCUCACCACGAACAUUCACUGUGCUUAUCCGCAGUCGCUAGUUGGCGUGAAUGUCCUCUCCAUAGAUCUACGCUCCUGCCAGGAGAUAUUUGGGAGCGUCGCUUUCCUGUGCACUUCGCUGUUGACAUUGGCGGCGACCGUCGUUCCCCUCAUGAAGCAUCUCUAUGGUUGGGACCUGUGGUACUUCGUCCAGAUUUUGUGGACCGGACACAAGGGACACACACCAGAUAAUGGUCACACGUCAGACAGCCACUAUGAUGCGUUUGUGGUUUUUGAUACAAGUAACAAGGCAGUCAGAGAAUGGAUCUACAAGGAGAUGAUCGAGAGACUGGAGAACAGGGGGAGAUGGCACUUCCGACUUUGUCUGGAGGAACGCGACUGGUUGCCCGGAGUCUCGUGCAUAGAGAAUCUCCACAAGGCAGUUUACAACAGCCGGAAGACGGUGUUUGUGCUGACCAGCCCCGGUGGCUACUCUGAAGCGAGUGGAGUGGUGAAACAAGCCUUCCUCCUGGUUCAGCAGAGGCUUCUAGACGAGAAGGUGGAUGUUACCGUUCUGGUUCUGCUGGACCUUCUCUUUCCUAAAUUCAAAUACCUUCAAAUGAGAAAAUGGCUCUGUAGAAAGUCCGUUCUGUCCUGGCCCAGGAACCCACGAGCACAGCCUCUCUUCUGGAACAAUUUAAGUGUCGCUCUUCUCUCUGACAACGUGAGCGAAUACAACAAGAACGUCACAGAGAGCUUCCUCUGAAAGCCCAAAAAUGACUCUGUCUUCUGUCUUGGAUUUACAGUAUAUUUGAGUAGAGUUUAAUUGUUCGCAAUCCAACGAACGACAUGAUUGUUUCAGUUUUUGAAAAUGUCAAUCAGAAAAGGAGAAAAUCUUUGCAUCAAUUAUCUGCCAAAAGUAAGGAAACAGGAAAUUUGAUGGAAGUUUGAAGGAAGUUUGGUGUCUGAUAGUGAUCGCUUGUUUCUGAACAUUUGUAACUGUUCAGUAUGCAAUAUUGUUAAAUAACUUCAUCCACAUGAAGGGAUGGUUAGCUAUCAACAGGAUCAAUUAUUGCCACAGUGUUACGCUUCAUUUACUUCAUUAACCUAUUACAUGGCACCUCCCUUUUUUAGCCUACACAUAAAAAAAUGUGCAGUUGUGACUUAAAUGGUUGUAACUCAUGAAUGCUUUGGAGUAAAGAACUGCGGUUGGUCUCAUUUGAAAGAAGACACUUGGAAGAUUAUUUCUGGUUAUUUAUUUUAUUUUUUUAUUUUAUUUUAUAUUUAAUGCUAUAACUGACUAUAGAAAUAUUAUGGUUAGAUGUUAUUAAAAAUAACAUAAAAAAAUGCAUAUGUCUGGACCUAAAAAUGACAAAAGGUCAAAGUCCCAAGUACCACUUUUUUAUGAAGUUUGAGCUUGAUAGACCAAAUGAUGUUUCUUCUGUGAGUGUUUUAGCUGCAGUACCACAAUAAUCCAAUAGGGGCACGUUUGCUUUUGACCUGACAUUGUAAACCACAUCAGACAUUCUGAAUAUUCUUUUCUUUUUUUUAUUCUUCACAUGAAGAGACAAUGAAAAAUUAGACAGGACUGUAAACAACAUCAUGAAAAAACAUGAAAUGCACAAGAUAUUGUACAGCUCUAAAAAUAUUAUGUUUAGAUUUGAUUUAAAAAAACAUAAAAUCUUAAUGUUUCGGCCCUAAAAUGUCAAAAUGUCGAAGUCCCAAAUGGAUCUUUUAGGCGCUGUACCACAAAAAUAAUAGGGGCAAUCUUUGCUUUUGAACUAACAUUGAACACCACAGCAGACAUUGAGAUUCUUCUUUAUCAAUUUUUUCAAAAUUCUUCACAAGAAGAGACAAUGAAAAAUUAGUCAGGACAGUCAAAUAUUGAAGUAAAUGUAAGCGUUCCACUGGCGGAAAAAUGUCCUGUAGCAGGACAUACAUUUUUUGAAGCGCACUCUAGCCAUUUAUAAAUAGAUUACUCAUUAUACAGUUUUUAUAUUAUAAAAAAGAGAUGACAUAUGUGACCCUGGACAACAAAACCAGUCGUAAGUCGCACGGGUAUAUUUCUGACAAAAGACGAAAAUACAUUGUUAGGGUCAAAAUGAUCAAUUUUUAUUUUAUGUCAAAAAUCGUUAGUAUAUUAAGUAAAGAUCAUGUUCCAUGAAGAUAUUUUGUAAAUUUCCUACCCUAAAUAUGUCAAAACUUUAUUUUUGUGAGUCGAUCCCUUAAUAUCGCGAACAAAAAAUGGUCAGAAACAUGCCUACAAACUUAACUCGCUGCUGUCCGCUCUAUGAAAACUACCCAUUCAAGUUUGCUAUCUAUGUAAAGUUAAGAGAUUCCGCUUUCAAGUUAAUCUACUCUCUUCUAUGUCAUUACAAGGGUAAGCCAAUAGAGAGUGUUAAAACAAACCUGUUUCCUCUUAGCAACGGCCUGCUAUAGCGUCUCACGUGCGCAGCGUACACAAUCCGUCAUGAUCGCGCUUCAAAACAUGGAUUCUGAUGGAAGCGCGUUUGCUCAAUCUAAACGCUAAUGACAGCUAUAAUUUAACAAACCUAGUAAAUGAUUGUUUCGCAAAUCAUUGGGAAGAUAAUACAGAAUGUCCAGAGACCGGCUUGACAUAAGAGGAUGCCCCGGAAGACGACGAAUUCAAUCAAUGUUUAGAUCGCUUCGACUCCGUGACAUGAAGGAAUACAAAGUGUUCACUGCGAACACAGAAUUCAACCCGCUUGAGUGGGAAAAUUCUUCAAAGUUCAGGUCAGUUAGUCACAAACGUUCUUAAAUGCCUUCUUUACAAAGUAGUGGUUUUCAUGAGUUGUUUAUGUCAAAGUUAUGCCAAUUUUGCUCUGACAAAAUGUAAACAAAACAUCAUCUUAGCAUGUAGAUCUGCCUCUGUUAAUGAUGAUUCGUUGCCAGCUCAAGUGUAAAAUUUUAUAUGUUCCUGGAGAAUUAUUUUUAUGAAAUUUUGUGUGUAUAAAGUUGAAGCUGUGGUAAAUCAAUGGUGUA